AUGAUGGACACUGUGCGUGCCGUGUGCGUGUGCCUGCUCGUGCUGGCGGUCCUGCUGGGGGCGCAAACGGCCCGGGCGGCGGCGGCUGCGACGGCCCUGGCGGCCCCAGCCCGCGCCUGCACCAUGACGCGGACCACGGCGGCCGAAGUGGGCCGCCACGUGGCACUGCGAUCGCCCGCCAUCUUCGCGGCCACCGUGGCCCCGGUGGCCCUGGUGGUUGCGGCCGCCAGCACACUCCUCGUCACGACGCUCCUAGCGGCCGCUGGCGGUGGCUGGAGGCGCCGCUGUCACCAGGCACCAGGCGCCUCCACUGCCUCCGUUGAUGGGCCGACGACGACGCCCGCCGCGCUGAUGGUGUGCUCGAUGCGGCCGCUGCUGCUGCCACUGCUUCUAGGAAUUGCUGCCACACUACUGCCAGCGGGAGGGAAGCGCUCGUUAUUCGAUCGAUUGCCCCUUGGGGAGUUUGAGCUGCCGCAUUCAUUAACACACAAUCCUUGUACUUCCUUUCUUCCCGCAACAGUGAUUGACGCUGGCUACCACGAGAAGCGCUUGCUGCACCAUCUGCUGGACAACUACAACGUGCUGGAGCGGCCCGUCGUCAACGAGUCGGACCCGCUGCAGCUUAGCUUCGGCCUGACGCUGAUGCAGAUCAUCGACGUGGACGAAAAGAACCAGCUUCUCAUCACGAACAUUUGGCUGAAAUUGGAAUGGAACGACAUGAACGUGCGGUGGAACUCGACCGAGUACGGCGGUGUGCGCGACCUAAGGAUACCGCCCCAUCGGCUGUGGAAACCGGAUGUCCUGAUGUACAACAGCGCCGACGAGGGCUUCGACGGGACGUACCCGACCAACGUGGUGGUGCGCAACAACGGCUCCUGCCUGUACGUGCCGCCGGGCAUCUUCAAGUCCACGUGCAAAAUCGACAUCACCUGGUUUCCGUUCGAUGACCAGCGUUGCGAGAUGAAGUUCGGUUCCUGGACGUACGAUGGGUUUCAGCUCGAUCUGCAGCUCCAGGACGAAGGCGGCGGUGACAUUAGCAGUUUCAUCACCAACGGCGAAUGGGAGCUGCUGGGUGUGCCCGGCAAGCGGAACGAGAUCUACUACAACUGCUGCCCGGAGCCGUACAUUGACAUCACCUUCGCCAUCCUGAUCCGGCGCAAGACGCUGUACUACUUCUUCAAUCUCAUCGUCCCCUGCGUGCUGAUUGCGUCGAUGGCCUUGCUCGGUUUCACACUGCCGCCGGACUCGGGCGAGAAGCUGUCGCUCGGAGUUACGAUCCUGCUGUCGCUAACCGUUUUUCUCAAUAUGGUUGCCGAAACGAUGCCAGCCACUUCCGACGCAGUGCCUCUUCUAGGAACGUACUUUAAUUGCAUCAUGUUUAUGGUCGCCUCGUCCGUGGUGUCGACGAUCCUGAUCCUGAACUACCACCACCGCAACUCGGACACGCACGAGAUGUCCGAGUGGAUCCGCGUCGUGUUCCUGGUGUGGCUCCCGUGCAUCCUGCGCAUGAGCCGGCCGGGCGAACCGUACCCGCAUCCGUGCCGCCCGUCGGUGGACGAGAAGAACAAGCAGCUGCAGGAGGUGGAGAUGCGCGAACGCUCGUCCAAGUCGCUGCUGGCCAACGUGCUCGACAUCGACGACGACUUCCGGUGCAACCACCGGUGCAGCACGCUCCCCCACAACCCCACCUACUACCGGACGGUGUACCGGCAGGGCGAGGACGGCAGCGUGGGGCCGAUCGGGGCGACGGACACGAUCGGGCGGAACGCGGGCCUCGGCACGAUCAGCGCCGGUGGCGGCGUUGGUGUCGGCGGCGGUGGCGGCGGCCGGCUCCACGAGACCGUCUCCUCGCACACCUGCCUCAGCUCGUCGGCCGAGUACGAGCUGGCCCUGAUCCUGAAGGAGCUGCGCUACAUCACCGACCAGCUCCGCAAGGAGGACGAGACCGGCGAGAUCACGCGCGAGUGGAAGUUCGCCGCCAUGGUCGUCGAUCGCCUGUGCCUUAUCAUCUUCACCCUCUUCACGAUUAUCGCCACGCUCGCCGUGCUCUUCUCAGCCCCGCACUUCAUCGUCUCAUAA